AUGUCAUUGUUAUUUGGUGCACCACUGAUUACUGCUUUAGCGCGGUCGAGUUUUACCACACCGUCUGGCCUUUCGAUUCCCGGUAUACUUGCCAGAAUCUUUGAUGAAUUACAAGCCAAAGGUUUGGACGCAGAAGGCAUAUUUCGUAAAUCGGGCUCUAAUGCCAUCGUCAAUCAAUUACAAGCUGAAUUUGAAGCAACCAAAAACCCGUUUUUGGUUAAAUUUCCUGAAACCGUAUCUACACAUUCACUAGCGGGAUUAUUCAAACGUUAUUUACAGCAAUUACCUGAACCCGUAAUUCCAAGGCAAUUUCAACCCGUCUUUUUGGAUAUUUUUGACGAGGAAAAGUGCACAAAGGAAACAUUAAAACGACGCUUAAAAGAAGCAUGUAAAUCACUACCUCAUGAACAUCUUCACUUAUUACAGUUUUUAAUGGGAGUAGCAGAUAUGGUACAACAAAAACAAGGAAAGAAUCAAAUGUCGAUAGAGUCACUUGCUAUUAUCCUGGCACCUACUUGUGUACGUAUUGAUGGUGUAUCUAAACUGAUGCCAUCUUCAUCUACAAACAUGUAUGCUGCGCCCAUCUGUUCCUCGUAUAAUUCACUACCCGUCAUGAGUAAUAAUAAAAGUCAAUUAAUUCGAAAGGCCAGUAAAAUCAUUUGGAAUACACUACGUAAAAAUAAGCAUCAGGAUCGAAUAGCCUAUAAUCCUUCUACUAUACUUUACAAACCAAAUGAUCUACUACAGCUGGAAUUGGUCAAGGAGAGUAAUAUGUGGAUUAAGAUAUUUAAAUUCAUGAUGUCAUAUCCUGAGGUAUUCACCACGCUAACAAAUCCCAUCAAAAAAUACCAACAUCGACCAGUUGAAACAGUAAAACACUAA